GCUCAGCCCAGCCAAGCCCAACUCAGCAAAGCUCAGCCCAGCCGAGCCCAGCUCAGCCCAGCAUGAGCGUGCCCGGGGCGCUGCUCGCCGUGCCGCUGCUCCUGCUGCAAGGGGGGUUUCCAGGGGCUGCCGGUGACUCUGUGGCUCUGAAGGAAGGAGAAAAUCUAAUUCUUAACUGCACCUUCAGCACCCUCGGCAACAACAACUUCACCCUGCAGUGGUCAAACCCUCUGAAUUUCACCAUUUUCCUCAACGCCCAGAAGGUUUUAAGAGACCAGAGGUACAAACUGCUCCAUUACUCCAAGGAUGAAUUGUCCAUCCAGCUGUCCAACGUGACAGAGCAGGAUGAAGGAAUUUACAGCUGCAUGUACUACACCAGGCACGUCAAAACCAAGACCCAGAAUGUUGAGAUUUUGGCUGCUCCUUCCCACCCCGUGCUGGAAGUCUCCCAGGAUGAAGGAAGAGGCAUCAACCUCUCCUGCUACACCCAGGGGGGCAGACCCCAGCCCCAGAUUUCCUGGCUGUUGGACAACGGGAUCGAGCUCCCAGGUGACACCAGGCACCAGCUGGGAGCUGAUGGGAAGAAAUGGAGCACAAGGAGCACGCUGAGGAUCCUCAGCUACAGCCCCGGAGUGACGGCCAGCUGCAUCAUCCAGCACCCUGCACUCGGGGCACGGAGGCUGCUGGCAUCUUUCCCCUUCCAGGACCUUUCCAGCUCGGGCUGCAAACAAGGAACCAGACGUUCAGAGGAUGCAAAAGUUCCCAGCCCUUCAGAGAAUCCAUCAGUUUCCAGUUCUCCAGAGAAUCCAGCAGGUACCAGCCCCUCUGCAUCCCCAGAGAUUUCAGAAGUUUCCAGCCCCUCUGCAUCCCCAGAGAAUCCAGAAAUUUCCAGCCCCUCUGCAUCCCCAGAGACUCCAGAAUUUUCCAGCCCCUCUGCAUCUCCAGAGAAUCCAGAAGUUUCCAGCCCCUCUGCAUCCCCAGAGAAUCCAGAUAUUUGCAACCCUUCUGCAUCCCCAGAGAAUCCAGCAGUUUCCAGCCCCUCUGCAUCCCCAGAGAAUCCAGCAGUUUCCAGCCCCUCUGCAUCCCCAGAGAACCCAGCAGUUCCCAGCUCAGCACCAGCCCAGCCAAACCUCACAGAUGUCACACUGAACGAGCGAGAUCCCAAAUCCAAAGGACUCCUGAGGAAGGAGAAGAAUCUCCUGCUGCCCUUCCUGGUGGCUGCUCUGAUCCUGGUGCUGCUCAUCAUUGUCCUGCUGUUCAUGGUGAAGCUGAAGAAAGCGCACGGCGUGUGGAGGAGAGAAAAUGAUGCUUCAGAACAGACACUGGAGAGUUAUAAAUCCAGAUCUAACGAAGACAGUCCGGGCCAUGAGAAGAAUGGACAAGCUGGAAAUCCCAAACCCAACCUGCACUAUGUAACGGAAGGACACAUGGAAACCCCAGAGAAGAACAUGGAAACCCCAGAGAAGAAUCUGGAAACCCCAGAGAAGAACCUAAGUGACAAAAUCACAGCAAUAAAUGGGGAAAUGUCCCCGUGUGGAAGGGAGACAGAUGUGUAACGGUGCAGGGAACUGCAAUUUCCUGAUGUUUGUGUGAAAGCCUUCAGGGAUCUUGAUGUGAAGGAGCAGGAGGGACAGGGAGCUCCAUCCCAAAGCCACCUGGGGGUGCUUUAGUCACCCAGCAGGGCAGGGAGCUGGGGCUGGUGCUGCUGGAGACCUGGCCUGGGUCACCUGAACCUUGAGAGCAUGGCAGGAACCUCUGCCACCAGCAGCUCAGAACCUCAGGUGCCCCUGGAAGCCUGCCUGAGCCACCUGGAACCUUGAGAGCAUCUCAUGAACCUCUGCCACCAGCAGCUCAGUGCCUCAGGUGCUGCUGGAAACCUGGCCUGAGCCACCUGAACCUUGAGAGCAUUUCACAAACCUCUGCCUUGAAGAGCUCAGCACCUGAGGUGCUGCUGGAAACCUGGCCUGGGUCACCUGAACCUUCAGAACAUCUCAUGAACCUCUGCCACCAGCAGCUC